UUUAAUUUCAGACAGUUAUCCGGGAAAACUCUGUUUAUAACCGGUGCAAGCCGUGGAAUUGGAAAGGCGAUCGCCUUGAAAGCGGCGCAAGAUGGCGCCAAUAUUAUCAUUGCAGCCAAAACUGCUGAACCCCAUCCAAAACUACCAGGAACUAUCUUUACUGCGGCGAAGGAAGGUAAUUUUUAUUUACUUUAACUUAUUUCAGGCCCAAAUUUCGAACCUACUCUCGAUCUUCUAGCUGUCAUACUAAAACUAUGAUUGCGUGAAACAAGUUAUUUUCCCAGACUACUUGUGUGACACAUUUUGUUUACAGGUACCUAUUUGUUUACACACGUGAUAAUUCCUUGAUGCCUUGUUCUGUUAGGGUCCCCAAAAGUAUUGAAGGUUACCUUUUCGACUUGAACAUCUCAAACUUCAACAAAGAUAAAUGUUAAAAAUGGUUACUGUGAUGUCAUUGUUUGAGAGUUUUCUUUUUCUGAGUUUUCUGUCUGUUAGGAUAAGUGACAAAAAUUCAUAAAGACAAAAUAACUGGGAUAACACACAUUCACUGCCAAGAACAGUCCUCUUUAGUACUGUUUCCUGGGAUUGCCUUUUUCCACCAAUUUAUGACACAUUUUGAUUGGUAAAAAACGAUUUGGUACCUUUAAAGUUACAUGUACCAGUGGUAAAUACUCAGAACGAUUAUAUGAUUGAAGCAAUAGACCAAAUUUUGUAUUUGUUGCAUGGUAUAAUAACACCACUUGGAACAUUGCACACAUCAACAAACCAACAGAAGGUUUGGCCAGGUGUACUGUGUGAGAUAUUGGAAUAUUUUACUUGUAGUGGAAGAGGCUGGAGGGAAGUGCCUGCCCUGCGCAGUGGACAUCCGUGAUGAUGGAGCUAUUUCCAAGGCUGUUCAAGAUGCUGUGAAAAAGUUUGGUGGCAUUGAUAUACUAGUCAACAAUGCAAGUGCCAUAAGCUUGACUGGAACAUCGGACACAACAACAAAAAAGUAAAGUUUUUUCAUGAAAAAGACUAUGAAAGAAUGAUAAAUCAAGGUCACUCUUUGAUGUUGAAAAGGCUCAGUGGUCUGAAGAAGCCCAACUAUUAACGAAAGUUCAAACUUGAUUUACAGAUAAUGCUAAAAACGAACAAACCACAAUUUAACUGACAAAAAUUAAAUCUAGUUUUUGCAACUCAUGGCAAUAAAAGUCUCAUCAGUAUAAUUAUUGUGGAAGGAGAAAGGGUUACAAAAGAGGGCUGAGUUUUGGUCCAUAAUAAUUACAAACAUCAUGGGUUCUUUUAUUUUUAGAUAUGAUCUUAUGAACAGUGUCAAUGCCAGGGGAACAUUUUUGUGGUGAGUUCAAUUUGCCUUGUGUGUAUAAAAUAAAUAAGAACAAGUAGAUAUGACUAUAUAAUUCAAACUUACAGAUAUUUCCUCUAAAAGUUUUGUUUGUAAUAUUUUGCACAAAUUAUCAAAGCUCUUAACAAAUUUAAAAAGCUUAAAUGUACAUGUAGGUUGUGUCAUUGUUUUUAAACUGCAAAUCAUCAGAAAAUGAGAUUAAAAAUACACACAUUAAAAAUAUAUUCAGAUUACUGAUAGAGUACAUUAUUUUUGUCUGCGUAACUUACUUUGGUAUAAUCAAAAUACAUUUAGCCAUUAUAUUUUGACUUCCUUUAAUUUGAUUCCUUUAACAUUUCGUCUACAGUUCCAAAGCCUGCCUUCCUUUCCUUAAAAAAGCACAGAAUCCACACAUCUUAAACAUUACUCCACCACUUAACAUGAAGCAUGAGUGGUUUAAGGACAAUGUAGGUAAUGUAUGAGAAUAGCAGGCCAUUUCUGUGUUACCCCAAGCCUCCGUUUCAAAGCAAGGCUAAUAUUAUUGCAAAGCCAUUUACAUGGAAGUGAUAUUUUAUUCUCAUGCAAAUAAGUUAACUCAUUUUCACAAGAAAGGUUCAAGAACUUAGCCUCACCGUAAAAUUGACAGUUUUUGGAACUCAGAAGAGGCCUAAUAAGAAUUUGUGUACCACAGUACUUUCACAUUGAUGCACUUUGUUGUCAGUAUUUUAAGAGAAAAAUUUUGCUUUUUCUCAAAUUGUACGGUACAUUUUUCAUGAAAUUUUUAUGUAACAUUGAGUUAUUAGGGAGUUUGACAAAUCUCAUUAUGAAUUUUGGGAGCAAAUGGGUUAAACACCCUCCCUCUUACAUUUCCAAAUUAUUGCUUUCCAAUGUCAUCUGUGAUGUGAUGUAAACCAUAAAUUGUGGUUGUUUUCAGCUUAUUCUAUAUCGAAGUUUGGCAUGACACUAUGUGUGCUUGGUAUGUCUCAAGAAUUCAAGAAUGAUGGUAUUGCAGUUAAUGGUCUUUGGCCUAAAAAACGUGAGUCAGUAUAUACGUAGAACUCGAUGUAAACAAGUUUUUCCUCCCAGUUGACCAACACUUACAAUCACACCACUUACAACUAAUGAGGCCCUCCUGCCAGGGGGGAGGAGGGGGGGUCCCAUGUCGUCCGUCUAAAUUUUAAAACGUCUCGUGUUGUUGUUUAUAAAUGCCUGUCACCUAUUGUCGGCUUUGCCGUCACCGUCGCAAUUUGGCCGAGGAAGGUUGUCUCUUGUCACGAUUUCAUUUCAGGCACUGUAGCUACUUUUUGAGCCGUGUCGCUUGUCAGAAUUUACCCUGGCAGGGCCUCACUAAUGUAUUACACAUACCUGCCCAAACAGUUAAUGUAAUCAACAGAACUGUAAAAAUUAAGAUAUCAAUCGCAACCAAGUUGGUGGACCAGUGAGAAGUCUGCCAAGUGGAAGAUGAUAAUAUUGUUAGUUUAAAUAGCUUAUUCACUUAAAACUAAGCGGAACACUGAGAUGGAGCUUUUAUCCAUGCUUGGUAUGGGUUCUAAUUUGCAUUUCAUUAUCCCUGGGCAGUCUGUGUCAGCUGUGAUUACAGGAUGUUUUUUAUACAUCUGUGCAAUUGAUUAACUGGGCUGCCUGUGCUCUGUUGCAAUUUUCCAGUCAGAGUGAAUUCUUUAAUUAUUACUGAUUUACAUUAUGGAAAUAGCAACUGUAUCAUAAGUCUGAGAAACUGCAAAUUUUUCCCUGCAAAUUGACAUCUGAAGAGUGAACGCGGAAAUCCCAAGCCAAUGAUGUGUUGCUAACCAGAUACUGGAUCGUGCUCCUUUUUCGUUAAAGUAAAUUUUUAGCCAUUCAAAGCACUAUUCAGAUCUUGGAAGUGACACGUCAUUAGUAUGGAAUUUCUGCGCUUGUUCCCCAGACGUCAAUUUGCGGAUAAACCAGUGGUGGUAUCUCGAAAUUCCAGCUGUUUUCUCAGGCUACUGCUUCAUAAGGUGGAUAAAUUUUUUGCUCAACAGCCAUUGCUACAGUUGCUGUGGAAGUAAUGUAUAGUAAAGAGGCACUUGCAUUUUGCCGAACUGAUCAGAUCAUGGCUGACGCUGCAUAUGCUCUUCUAACAAGAACAGUCAAACAAGGACUGGAGAGUUUCUUUAUGAUGAGGAUGUUCUUAAACAAGAAGGAAUUACAGACUACGAUCAAUAUUUGGUUUCGCCAGGUAAUUUUGCCGAACUGA